AAGUUGCGAGUGGGGUAAAGCGGAGCUGGACGUGGGCUGCUGUCGUCGCCACUCUGGGACUAGCUGCUGCCUCAACCGGCGCCCAAUUCCUCCCCUUUUGCGCGUGGGAUCGCAUCCAAACUCGACGUGGAAGUGACUCUUUCUCAAGCGGGGACUCGUCACAACAGUUGACGCGCGUGGAUUUGCCACUGUUCAGGAAGUGCGGCGCGGUGUGCUCGCGCUUUGCCUGUUGGUUUCCUCUCGGAAUACGACGCCAAACAAACGCCAAAGUGAUUCCGCGGGGCUCGCGCUUCUUCUCACCUGUUUCCUCCCCUCCUGUCGAGCUAAUGAGCCGUUUCCGGUGUGUCUCCGCUUGAGUUCGCGGAGAAAGCGUCCGUCUGUCCGCGAGACCAGCCGCGCUCCUCGCACAUUGCCCGCGGAUGGAUUCGUGUCGGUGAUCGGGAGCCGCUCCACAGCCUCGCCGCAGCCGCCUUUGAUCCCUCUGAGCGGGGGUCCACCGAGGAAACGCGCCGCAGAUCUCACCAUGUUCCCCCAGGGGAGACACCCGACACCCCACCAGGGCCCUGGCCAACCCUUCAAGUUCACCAUCCCAGAGUCACUGGACCGGAUCAAGGAGGAGUUCCAGUUUCUUCAGGCUCAGUACCACAGUCUGAAGCUGGAGUGUGAGAAGUUGGCCAGCGAGAAGACGGAGAUGCAGAGACACUAUGUCAUGUACUACGAGAUGUCCUAUGGCCUCAACAUUGAAAUGCACAAACAGACUGAGAUCGCCAAGAGACUGAACACCAUCUGUGCACAAGUCAUCCCCUUCCUCUCACAGGAGCAUCAGCAGCAGGUGGUCCAAGCGGUGGAGCGAGCCAAACAGGUGACGAUGGCAGAGCUCAAUGCCGUCAUCGGGGUACGUGGACUGCCAGGUCUUCCACCUACACAGCAUCUAUCACACAAUCAUGGCGGAGCUCCUGUCCCUCUCACUCCUCACCCCGCGGGCCUCCAUCCGUCUCAGCUGGGCGGUUCAGCGGGACUGCUCGCUCUCUCUGGAGCCCUUGGUGGUGUUCCUCCACACCUGGUGGGAAAGGACGGCGGAGAAAAGAAGCCCCACCUCACAGGGCCUGACUCGCACUCAGCAGGACCCGAGCACCUCCGAGACCGGGAGCCAGGAACAAGUAACUCCAUGUUGCCAGAGAACCUUCGGAACUCAGACAAGCGACGGAACGGACCCGACUUUUCAAAUGAAACCAAAAAACGCAAAGUGGAGGACAAAGACUCUAGCCAAUACGACAGUGAUGGGGAAAAAAGUGAUGACAAUUUAGUGGUGGAUGUUUCAAAUGAGGAUCCAGCCUCCCCUCGCGGAACACCGCUGCCUUCACCGAGAGAGAAUGGCAUCGAUAAAGCUCGGCUCCUCAAGAAGGACCCGUGCAGUCCAGCGUCCACUGCGUCAUCAGCGAGCUCCUCGUCACUCAAGUCCAAAGAGAUGGCAAUGCGAGAUAAGGCAGGGACGCCUGGACUGAAGUCAAGUACGCCCACACCGAGGGGAGAUUCCACUCCGGGACCGAGCUCCACCCCUGGUAUACGACCCAGUCUGUCCAAACCACCCUCCAUGGAGAUACCUCACCCACCGACUGCCGGCCUGAGGACACCUCUGGCGGUGCCCGGUCCUUACCCUGGGGCAUUCGGCAUGUUGCCCCACGCAGCUGGAAUGAACGGUGAGCUGGCUGGGGCAGCAGGAGCUGCAGCGUAUGCUGCUGGACUGCACAACAUCUCGCCUCAGAUGAGCGCUGCUGCCGCUGCAGCCGCAGUGGCUGCAUACGGCCGUUCUCCAAUGGUUGGUUUUGAUCCUCAUCCUCACAUGAGAGUGCCUGGAAUGCCUCCGAGCCUCACAGGAAUCCCUGGAGGCAAACCGGCGUAUUCCUUCCACGUGGCGGCGGACGGGCAGAUGCAGCCGGUGCCAUUUCCCCCGGACGCCCUGGUUGGACCCGGGAUCCCUCGACACGCACGCCAGAUCAACACUCUGAACCACGGCGAAGUGGUGUGCGCCGUUACGAUCAGUAACCCGACGCGACAUGUUUACACUGGAGGCAAGGGUUGCGUCAAGGUCUGGGACAUCAGUCACCCCGGCAACAAGAGCCCGGUGUCACAGCUCGACUGUCUCAAUCGGGACAACUACAUCCGCUCCUGUCGUCUUCUCCCCGACGGCCGGACGCUCAUCGUGGGCGGCGAGGCCAGCACUCUGUCCAUCUGGGACUUGGCCACGCCCACGCCCAGGAUUAAGGCAGAGUUAACAUCAUCAGCCCCGGCUUGCUACGCCCUGGCCAUCAGCCCAGACUCCAAGGUCUGCUUCUCUUGUUGCAGCGACGGAAACAUUGCCGUCUGGGAUUUACACAACCAGACGCUGGUCAGGCAGUUCCAGGGCCACACAGAUGGGGCCAGCUGUAUUGACAUUUCCAAUGAUGGCACCAAGCUGUGGACCGGAGGUCUGGAUAACACCGUCCGUUCCUGGGAUCUGAGAGAGGGACGGCAGCUGCAGCAGCACGACUUCACAUCACAGAUCUUUUCGCUGGGCUACUGCCCGACAGGAGAGUGGCUUGCUGUGGGAAUGGAGAGCAGCAACGUUGAGGUCCUUCACGUCACCAAACCAGACAAAUACCAACUUCAUCUCCACGAGAGCUGCGUCCUCUCUCUGCAGUUCGCCUACUGUGGUAAAUGGUUUGUGAGUACCGGAAAGGACAACCUGCUGAAUGCGUGGAGGACACCUUAUGGAGCCAGUAUAUUCCAGUCAAAGGAAUCGUCGUCCGUUCUAAGCUGUGACAUCUCCGUGGACGACAAGUACAUUGUCACGGGUUCAGGAGACAAGAAAGCCACCGUGUACGAGGUCAUCUACUAACAAAAAGAAGCAUGUUGCUGUCCUGAUAACUGGCGCCCUUCGUGUGGCGGAGCAGUCCUUCCUGUUGUCAGAACCACUGAGGGGAACUCAAGAACGCUCAACAUGUACAUAUCCAUCGUGCCUGUACUCGCCAUUCCUUCUGGAGGAGGAGGAGGAGGAGAAACGUUUUUGCUGUCUCGUGACCUCUUUGCUAAGGACUGCACUGGGAUCAGUUACAGGGACCAGACAUCGACUGAACCAAAGGAGCGCUACAUUCGCUUGACCAGUUCUUGUAGGACACACUGUACUGCCGCUCGGAUACUUAAACACUAAAGUCGUGAAGCGGCAGCCACGGAGGAGGGAGAGCGUGACGAGAAUGGAGUUACACACCGUGAUCAGGAAGAGAAAUUCGACUGAGUGACUGAAGGCGCCAAACUCUCUGUCUGUCUGUCUGUUGGACUUCAAUUUGCUGUUCUGCAAGGGUCCUCGCUGUCCGCACGUCCUGUAGGGCAGCUGGCAGCAGUGAAUGAUCGUCUUGUCUGACCAAAAAGCAUUUCAUCAAGAUUUUAUUACAUUUUGAGAAUAAAAGUCUGCUAUUUAAUGAAGCCCUCAUCCACACGUCCCCCCUCUCUAGUGUCUUAUAUUUGGCCGGUGGAUGGAAGCAUCAUCGGCACACAGCUUUACUCUGUUCGGACCUAAAUUCCGGUUUUCUUCGCAACAGUUGUCUGAAUGUCUGUGUGAAGGCCAAACUCAGAGUUUGGCCGUCUGAGCUUGCUGCAAUGUUGCGUUCUGUUGCAUGUGUGUCAUGUCCCUAAACGUCUAUCGAUAAAUGAUGCAAGUGUCAAACUUGCAACCCAUCACUUGAGUUCAAAUAAGUUUGUUGAACUCUUGUUCCGCUCUUCAGUCACAAGGAUCAAAAUAGCUCUUUUUAUGGAAACUUUUUUUUGGGUUUACAUCCAGUUCAGCCAUUAAACUUGAUAAACACUUCUCCUUGUACUGAAUUUUUACGAAUCUCUUGUCUAGUGAAUGUAAAAAUGUAUAUACGUCUUUUUGUUUUUCUUACAGGACAUUCUUUAGUAAUAACAAACCUCUUUUUGUACGGCUCACGUGGAAAGUAAAUGUCAGAAGAUACUAAAUGGUCUUAAUACAAGCUUAUCUAUAUGAUUAAACG